UAUGCAGCUUUAAAGUGGGCUGUCCCUCGUGCUGCAGAGAACCAGCACAUUUCACUGAGAGCGGCAAGCCUCACUGGAACAAACAUACCAGGAAGCACAUUUCGACCCCACUGCAGAGCAUUCUGUGCAUUAGAAAAGGAACUUAUCCACUUGGACCAGGCAAUAUGUCGCAGAAAAGAGUUCAGCUCGACAGGGAGAAAAUUUCUUGUCCAAUCUGCUCCUAUUUACUGAAGGAACCAGUAACAAUUCCAUGUGGACACAGCUACUGCAUGGGCUGCAUUGAAGCCCACUGGGAUGAAGAGGAAAAGAGGAAAAUACACAGCUGCCCUCAGUGUAAGCAGACCUUCACACCGAGGCCUGUCCUAGAGAAAAGCAUGGUAUUAUCACUUCUAGUGGAGGACCUAAAGAAGACUGGACCAAAAGAUGCUCCUGCUGAUCACUGCUUUGCUGGACCUGAAGAUGUAGCCUGUGACGUCUGCAUCGGGAGAAAACGGAAAGCCCACAAAUCCUGUCAGCAGUGCUUGGUCUCCUACUGUGAGGAAGACCUUCAUGCUCAUUAUGAGUCCCCUGCUUUCAAGAAACACAAGCUAAUGGAGCCUUGCAAGAAGCUCCAGGAUAACUUCUGCGCCCGUCACAGUGAGGUGAGGAAUAUAUUCUGCCGUACUGAUCAGCUGUCUAUCUGUUAUCUUUGUGCUGUGGACGAACAUAAAGGACACGACACAGUCUCAGCUGAAGAAGAAAGGACUGAGAGGCAGAGAGAGCUCGAGGGGAGUCGACCAAUCAUCCAGCAGAGAAUCCAGGACAACGAGAAGGAUGUGAAGCUGCUUCAACAGGAGGUGGAAGCUAUCAACGGCUUCGCUGAUAAAGCAGUGGAAGAAAGUGAGGAGAUGUUUAUUGAGCUGAUCCGUCUCAUGGAGAAAAGACGCUAUUUUGUGAGGCAGCAGGUCAGAUCCCAGCAGAAAACUGAAGUGAGUCGGGCCAAAGGGCUUCAGGAGAAGCUGGAGCAGGAGAUCACUGAGCUGAAGAGGAAAGACGAUGAGCGGCAGAAGCUGUCCGACACAGAGGACCACAACCAGUUUCUACAGGACUACCCCUUACUGUCAGUACUCAGUGAAACUACAGACUCAUCCUCAAUCAGCAACAAGAUCUGUCCUCCAAGGUACUUUGAGGAUGCGACAAAGGCUGUGUCAGAACUCAGAGAUAAACUCCUGGAGGUUCUGAAAGAGAAUUGGACAAACGUCUCACAGACAGUGACUGAAGUGGAUGUUUUAUUGCCACAACCAGAACCAGAGCCCGAGACCAGGGAUGAGUUCAUAAAAUACUCACGUGACAUCACACUGGAUCCAAACACAGCACACACAAAGCUGUUAUUAUCUGACGGGAACAGAAAAGCAACAUUAAUGACACAACAUCAGCCUUAUUUUGAUCACCGAGACAGAUUCACAGAUUGGAGUCAGGUCCUGAGUAGAGAGAGUCUGACUGGACGUUGUUACUGGGAGGUGGAGUGGAAAGGAAAAGGAGUAUACGUCGCGGUCGCAUACAAGAAUAUCAGCAAAGAAGGGAUCUCAGGUGAAUGUGGAUUUGGAAGGAAUGACAAGUCUUGGGCGGUACAUUGUUACAAAAACAUUUGUAACUUUUGGCACAACAAUGUUGGUAGUCUUGUCAUGUCUCCUCAGUCCUCCAGAGUAGGAGUGUAUCUGGAUCACAGAGCAGGUAUUCUGUCCUUCUACAGCAUCUCUGAAACCAUGACUCUCCUCCACAGAGUCCAGACCACAUUCACUCAGCCUCUGCAUGUUGGUCUAAGGUUUUACUGGUAUUCUGGAUCAACAGCUGAGAUUUGUAAACUGAAAUAGACAGAAGUCAUUUCACAGACAGUAGGAUAACUGGUAAAUUCCUCUACUUGAUUUUUAAUUUAUUUACUUUUUUAUAUUCCUGUUUUGUUGCUGAGAGCAGAUUGUUGUCAGCUGUCAAUCAAACUUUGACAUCUUCUGAAGUAACACCCCCUUACGGUGUCUGUUUAGCCACGGAGGCUUUCACUGCUCAUGAUGUUUUCUGUUCUCCUGAACUGACAUUUUUUGGAAUGAAAAAAUAAAGUAGUUUUUCUUUAAAA